CCUUCACCCAAAAAUGUAACGUUACAUCUCAGGCCGAAAUAGGUGUAUUUUUUUUCCAUCUUCAAAUUGCCAUAACCAAUGCCAGAAGAAAUGUCAAUUUUCCCAAGAAUUGCUUUGAAGCCAGAAGUUCAUGAUUACUUGAGGAAUGUCUUCAUAAACAAGGAGGUGCUGGCUGCAGUGAGUCAAGGAGAGGCAGAGCAGAGGUUCCAGAGGCUGCUGUCCUGCCUGUCCCACCCACCUGCCUUGACCUGUGUGCGAGCCAGCACACACCUGGCUUCCCUGGAGGAGAUCCAACACAGGCUUGGGGAGGAACUCAAACAGCUGCGUCUCCUCCCUCGCACACCGAGCCAACAAGGACACUAUCGGCUUCUUCAUUGCCAAGUUCCUGAAGAGCUGACAGGACUAGACUAUAGCAGUACCCUCCCCAACUGGUAGAACCGAGCUGUUCUCCCUGCCUUCACACAGGGCCUGCAGAGAGGAAUAAUGGUGUUUACACCUCUCACUGUACUCAGGCAGGAGAGCAUUUAGAACACACACUCCCUGUGCGGUUUAUAACAUCCACCUCUGUGCCUGCCUGGCUGCCUACUAAAACACUGGCCCAUAUAGGGAUGACUUGUAUAAACAGAGAGGGGAGGGAGGGAGGGAUUGAGCAAGAUGAAAAACAUUUAUGGGCGAGUAAGGGAGAAAAUGCGUAGGGCGGAUGAGUACCGGCAAAUGCAGUUCUGCUGCCGUUCGCCCCGUCGCCAUGACAACAGUGACGACACAGCUGCCCUGGUGACAGCGGAUUUGCUGGCUCUGGGAGCGUAGAUCAGGAAGUAGCGUGCUGAAAGAGGUCACGAGGUAUUAACAAUUUACUGCCUUUUAGUUAGCGUUUUAAAAACAAGGAACCGGUAUGGUUAUUUUUACAGGAACAAGAUGGCAUCACACAGCUUUUCCUCAGUUUAUGCUCUCUCUACAUUCAACAGAUUUUGUUCCUUUACUUAUCCCCUUUUCUCUCUAAUAAAUUGAAAAUAAACU